GCGAAAUUUAGCAACAUGAGCCACAAACUUCCCACAACUACAUUGGACGCAGCAAGUUUUUCCAACUCGCAGUCAACCCAACACUGUUGGCUUUAUUAUGGCUGAUUGGGGGUAGCGACUUAUUUGGUGCUUAAUUGAAUAUUUGCCUCUCAUUACAGCAGAAAGAAACUGAGCCUUGAGACUGGCGUUAAUCAAAGCCUCUUUACUAACCCUCAACGGCAAUGCCAUUUUCUUGUUCGAUAGGAAAUCCUCAAGAGGCCAAUAUACAUACCAAGGGUUUCAGUGUUUCGACUUUUCUUUGUACACUUUUCAAUGUGUUUUAUGCCUUGGCUAAUAACCUUUCCCAUUACCAGAUUAAUUGAACGCUCCUCUUAAAACAAAGCCCUUUCUCAAUUUGAGAGUCAAAGUCCACAUUCCCUUUUCGCCUGUGGUGGGACAGCUUUCGCGCCUAGAUUUGGAUGGAGUAAGGCGUUCGUCUCUGACGCACAUACACGAGGGAAUGUGAAUAAAAUACGAAACGAAAAAUCAUGUCGCUUACAAGUCAACCCUGGCUGACCAGCGCUUACAUUCGUCCCCGUACAAUGAAACGUACAUAAGUGAGAAAUUACGCUAUUGGUCGCUAGGAAAGAGAAAAAGAAAAUGGAUGGAGAUGGUGGUAUUUAAGAGGGGUACUGGCAAAUUAGCCUACCUCGACUGAGGCUCGUUGGAUGCACUCUAGCUUAUACGAAUGGAUCUCCGCGAGAAUGAAUCCUUCAUAUGGUAUCUUAUCCGGAAGCAAAACAACUCGAAAGGUGUCCAAUGCGAUGUUCGCUGGUAUUUUGGGAUUUAUCCUGGACAAAGAUGCCUGGAAUACGCAAGUGCACAAAACCCGCAGACUGUUUAUCUUCCGUGAAAAUAUAUGUUUAUAUACCUUCUUCCAGCGUAAUACAUGGGCGACUUGGUCAAUGCACUCAAGCAAAAUGGCCUGACACUUUAUUGGCUGUGGAAGGACGGUUUUAUCUGGCUAGGUUCAGAAUUGCCAUGAUUCUGAUAUCGUUUGGGUCUGGCAAUUUUAUUGCUUGAAUAAUAAUAGAACGUGCACUUCUGUACUCUGCUUCUAUGAGACAAGUACAGUGCAGCUUUAAAACAGAAUUCAAUAACCAUUAGAAAUUAGAUAUAAAUACGUAAACGGCACUCUAAUUACAUUCUGCGGUAACAAGCGCCUGCCUUCGUAUGCCCUGGAGGGAAAAAAAAAAAAAAAAAAAAAAAAAAAAAAAAAAAACAAAUUCAUCCACUAUCGUUGAUAACCUUCAGAGUCACGUGAUGAUAAUACUCAAACUUCCUCCAUGACGUUCAUCACAAGGACAAGUGAAAAACAAACGGCCAGCAUCACUAUUCGACCUCACUGCUUCGCUAACCAAACGCCACAUACGGCUGAUUCGGCUGACGUUGAGGAUGGGUGGGCAAAACGGCCAUGAUCAUGGUUAUCAUGCGCAGAAUUUGUGGACGGUGCUGCCCGCUUUGAAAGUUGGGGCUUUGAGUGGUGCCUCCGGUCUCAUAUUUGGCGGGAUAACGGGCGUUCUUCGUUCACCGAAUCCGGCGAUCCAUUCGAUCGCAGCCGGCCUCCAUUGGUUUGCGUUUGGAACCUCGACAUGGUGGCUGAGGAGUAAUAUCCUCAGAGUUCAAUUUGAUGACAAACCCACGGUGGGACAGCGGGCAUUUGCAAGCUCAGUUUCUAGCGGAUUAUCGGGGGGAGCAAUUGCGUUUUCUAUCCACCGACGUUUUAUUCCCGGAGCAGUGAUUUUCGGAAUAGCAGGCUUCCUUGGACAGAAGUCGUAUGAUGUCAUUCAUGGAUGGCAGUUAUCAAGGGAUCAAACAGCCCCUCGAAAACCCUUGUUCCAGCGUAUGUUGGAGUCGAAAUGGAUGCUCCUGAAGCCAUUGCCGGAUGAUGAGUAUGUAGGGAUGCUGAACGAGAAGCUGCUGGCUGUUGACGCUGAGAUUGCGGUUAUUGAUGACAAAAUCGCCGCUCUGAAGAGGUUGGAGGCGUCGUGAGAUGGAUUCCUAUGUUUGAUUCUAUGACGGGUUCAUUUUGUUCUCGUGUUGCAUUUUUCUUCUCGCUAUCUUUUUCUUGUUUUUUACUUGUAUUAUUUAUAUUUAUAUUUGUUUAAUAUCUUGUCUGAGGUUGUACAUGUACACUACUAGCUCAAACUAGCCUAUGUGCAAGGAGUUCCCGGUCAUGUAUGUAAUUGGGCAACUCUGGCCUUUGGAAAUAGACUCCGCGGAUAAUUGUUUGGCUGCAAUGCAUUCAUAGAGAGUAAAAGCUGAUUGCAAAAACGAGGCACGAUCAAGGCAUAUAUAUACUUUCCAAGACUUCUUUGGUGUGGAAGAUGCAACCGUAUCUGUUGUGGUUGCAAGGGUGUCCGUAAGUUCCAGGGUGCGCCGGUCAGCAUCUGGGCUCCGCUAAAUGAAGCAGAACUAGUCUCCGUCCAUCCGUUUGAUGGGGCUUCUCUUGGUGUGUGGGAUAGAACAUACAUACCUAGUACGUAGUAAUUA